GUGUUAAUCUCGAAACUAGGUGCACAAGACACUAAUCUUAGAUUUAGAAGAGAAGUAGUAGAUCUAGAUUCGAGGAUUUCUCGCUUACGUAGAGAUCCAGGAAGUAAAAACAGUGGAGCUACUUCUUCCGGUGGUGAAUUGUCUACGGAAAGACUGCAGUUUCCAAGGGCGGGAAAACAUGGCAAUCUAGGAGGCAGUGGCGACGAGGAAAGUGACGAUCUGUAUGCAUUGGAUUGGAUAAACUGAUGAAGGAUAUCAGGCUGAGAGUGCGGAUACGAAGCAGUAUUGGGCCAGGCUUCCGUAUCAAAUGUGUAAUGGAGACAGUGUGGCCUCGGGGCCUGGCAAGGAGGAUAGUUGCUGGAAUGGCGCGCAGAAAGCUAGAUACGAGAGCAGAGUGACGGGAGAUGGUCUGACGCCGCAACAGAAGAACCCAGAGGUGGUGGUGGAUGUAUCCAGGCCUUCAUCUCUGCUCAACGAACAGAUCUACGCGUUGAAGACCAUCAACAACAAACUGAAGAACGCGCACAUGGGAGUCGAUGUCGACUGGAUUGAUAUCG